AUGGCCACGACGUCAUCUACAGGAAAAGUUUCGGGUAGAUCUAGAGCUAUGUCAGGCUCCAUUCCUUAUAAGGAUUUGGGUUACGUUUCGGCUAACAACCCGCACCCAACCUCGAGUGCCAAUAUCGAGGCCCAAUCGGGAGUGGUAUCGUCAGGAACAGCUGUAACCAGUUUUCCUCAUGAUAUACCUCCUGAUAUGGUGAUUUUACUCCAAAAGUUAGAAGAUGAUUUCACAGUGCACAAAAGCAUUGAUCAAUGGACGUACAUCAACAGAAGAGAGGAGAUCAUGCAGUCAGUGAGCAGGUUACAUCAACAGCAACAAGAAAACAUCCAGUUAGACGAAACACAGUUAGAAAAGCCAUUGCACCCACGUCGUGCAGCUACAUUGACAAAUGAUAGUUUGUUAAAUCCAGACUACUUGAUUGGCAUAUUAGCUGACCGUGCCAGACUAUACAAGACAGAACACGCAUUCAUGGUCUUAGACACAAAAGGAAAAGAAGUUUCUUCUAUUACUUGGGAGAAGCUCUAUUUCAAGGCAGUUAAGGUCGCAUAUGAGAUCCAGCAUAAAAUGUCCUUGAAAAACAAGGAUACUGUAGUGUUACUUUACAAAGACGGAGAAGUUGGUGAGUUUGCUGUGGCAUUAUUCGGUUGCUUUUUAGCAGGAGUUACUGCCAUCCCAAUCCACCAGGAUAUAUCAUGGCACGAAGUUUUGGAUAUUAUACAAUUGACCUCCACUAAGUUGGUUCUAUUUUCGGAUGUUGUUUCCAAGGAACUUGACAAGAUUAGUGUUCAGAACCUGCGCAUAAGCUGGCCUUCAAACGUCAUCCGGUGGAAAACGACAGAAUUUGGCUCAGCAAAAUCCUCAGAGAUGUCCCAUUGGAAUUCCAAACAAAACCACAGUAAAAAUUCUAAAUCUGGAAGUAAGGCAGACCUAGCGUACGUGGAAUUCUCAAGGUCCCCUGUUGGUGAAUUAAGAGGUAUUGCUUUGAGUCAUCGAACUAUACAUCAUCAAAUGAACUGCUUGAAUGUCACAUUGCUGAGUAUGCCUGAUUCUGGAGGAGGGCUUCAACGAAGUCAUAAAGAAUUCAAAAGAAAUAGAAAAGUGUUUUUGGCCACUUUGGAUAUAAGAUUUUCAAUUGGAAUUAUUUUAGGUGUUUUAUUCACUGUUUACUCAGGAAAUUUGCUUAUAUGGGCACCUCAAAAAGUCAUGGAGAUUCAAGGGCUUUAUGCUAACAUUAUAUCCAAAUGCCGGGCAUCUUUAUUAUUAGCAGAUUACAUCGGGUUAAAACGAGUAACUUACGAUUAUCAACAGUCCCCUAAUGCAACAAGAUACUUUUCUAAAACACAAAGGGUUGACUUUUCCUCAGUGAAAUGGGUUUUGGUGAAUGCUUUGACAAUUGAUGGAGAAUUUAUAGAAAUCCUUGCUCAAAGAUAUUUACGUCCCCUUGGAUGUCAGCAUUCUGAGAAUGCAAUUAUUCCCAUGUUAACUUUAAGUGAGUAUGGUGGAAUGGUGAUCUCUUUGAGGGACUGGAUUGGUGGAAAAGACAAGCUUGGGAUAGAUCUAUCUCCAAAAGAAGAGGAAUCGAAUGAUCUCUCGGCUGUUCUAAUUGAUAAAGAGGCCUUGUCAAGAAAUAUUGUGAAAGUGGUUGAUACCAAUCCAUCUUCAUCAGACGAACCUUCUCACGACACUUUAAGAGUUGAUGCAUUUGGAUAUCCCUUACCAGAUGCAACUUUAGCGGUAGUUAAUCCAGAGCUGUCAAUCAUUGUAUCUAAAGGAGAAUUAGGUGAAAUAUGGAUUGAUAGUCCAUGCUUGUCAGGAGGUUUCUUCGGUUUAAGAAAAGAAUCCAAGCUGAUUUUUCAUGCCAAAUGUCGUGAUGCCCAUGGAAUCUUAGAAAUGGACUUCUUACGGACUGGUCUCUUGGGGUUCACAUUUGGUGGUAAAGUAUAUGUCUUGGGGUUAUAUGAAGACAGAAUCAGACAAAGAGUGAGUUGGAUAGAUCAAAAGUUGUACAAUCAGCUCAAUCGUGAGCUUAUAAUUGGAAACGGCCUGAGGUAUCAUUACUCCUCGCAUUUGUUAGCUACUUUAGCAAGUGAAGUCAGGCAAGUAUACGAUUGUACAAUUUUUGAUGUGUUCAUUGGAAACGAAUAUUUGCCUGUUGCAAUUGUUGAGGCAGAAGUGAUACGAAAAUUACUAGAUGAUGGAAGUAACAAUGAUUCUAAUGGAAACGGGGCUAAAUCUGGCGAGAAUGAAGGUACUGUGAACUACUCAGCUGUUCCAUUGAAUGAACCUGAGUUGAACUCCAUUGCUCAGAAAUGUUUCGACACAUUGUACAAAAGACAUUUCUUGAGGUUGUAUUGUGUUGUUGUUGUUGAUUGUGAUACGUUACCUAAGAUCAUGAGAAGUGGAGGACGAGAGAUUGCGAACAUGUUGUGUAAGAAAAGGUUCCUUGAAGGUUCUUUAAGAGCAGAAUUCGUUAAAUUUUUUGUUCGGAAAUCAAUAAGUAUGAUUCCUCAUGGUGAAGAUGUAAUUGGAGGAAUCUGGUCACCAUAUGUUUCCGAACUCAGGAAUGUUGCAUUAGCAGGUUUUCCUGAGCAGGUAUCUACGGUAGACUACCGUGAAAAAUCCAUAGAUGAUAAGACUGGUGCUCCUUUGACCGAUUUUAAAACAAUAAUUGAUGUUUUAAAGUUCAGAGUGGCCAGUAGUGGAGACUCGAUUGCCUAUCAAAACAUUGACAAUAGCGGUAAGGGCAGUUCGAAACCUUUGACUUGGAAAAAGUUCGAGCAACGAGUCUAUGCUGUCUGUCAAUACAUGAUCGAAAAAGCAUAUAUCAAGCCUGGACAGUAUGUUAUUUUGAUGUUUUCUUUAUCAGAGGAGUUUGUGAUUGCUUUGUUUGCAUGUUUAAUGUGUGGAAUCAUUCCUAUUCCCAUGCUUCCAUUUGAUUCCAAUAGAAUUGGAGAGGAUUUCCCAGCAUUUGUUGGUGUCAUACGUGAUUUUGAUGUAAGUGAUAUCUUAGCGAAUGAAGAAGUUGAAAAGUUUUUGAAGAAUGGACCAGUUGCAGAUGCUUUGAAAAAGGUGAUUAACAAGAAGGCCAAACCAUUGAGAAUUAAAAAUACUGGUAAGUUAACUAAGCUCUCUAAUGUUGCGUCGUUGAACUCCAAAAUUGCAAAGUAUCAAGCUACAGUAAACUUCAGAGACGAGAGUACAAUUGCCUUGAUCUGGUUAAGCUUCACAUCUGAUCAUUAUAGAAUUGGUGCCACAUUGAGUCACAAAAAUAUACUUGGCAUUUGUAAGGUUUUCAAAGAAACUUGCAAUUUAAGUUCCAAAUCCUCUAUCGUGGGUUGUGUUCGUCAUUCUUCUGGGAUUGGGUUUGUCCAGGCUGCUUUGUUAGGUGUAUUCCUUGGAACUACCACUUAUUUAAGUUCCCCUGUGAAUUUCGCUGAAAAUCCGCUCGCGUUCUUCUUGGCUUUGGCUAAAUAUAAAGUCAAAGAUGUGUUUGUUACAGAACAAAUGUUGAAAUAUGCAGCAAUCAAAUUUACUCCAAAGGGUUUCAACCUUAGUAACUUGAAAAACAUGAUGAUCAGUACUGAGAAUAGGGUUGAAAUUGAUCUAUUGAGAAAGAUCGUUAGGGUAUUCCAACCUACUAAACUCGGAGCAGCUUCGAUGUCCACAGUGUACAAUCACUGUUUCAAUCCAAUGAUAGCGACUAGAUCUUACAUGACUGUGGCACCUGUUGACUUGUAUUUGGAUCCUAUUGCAUUAAGGCAAGGCUAUGUUUCUGUUGUAAAUCAAGUGGAGGUACCCAAUGCUUUACACAUUCAGGAUUCAGGUAUGGUUCCUGUUUGCACAGAAAUUGCGAUCGUAAAUCCUGAAACUAGGAAGCUAUGCAAAGAAGGCGAGUUUGGGGAAAUUUGGGUUUGUUCAGAAGCAAACUUGACAUCUUUCACAAAUGGUCCUAAGGGGCCAGUAGACAGAUUUAGUCAGGCCAACUUUCAUGGUGUUGUGGCAAAUGGUGAUCCUAACGUAACAUAUCUUAGGACUGGAGAUUUGGGUUUCUUGCAUCAUAUUUCUAUUACUAAGAAUGGCUCGAACUAUGGAACGAAUCUGCAAGAACAAGAGGAGUACACUUCCUUUCAACCAUUAUUUGUCUUAGGUAAGAUUGCUGACACAUUUGAAACUAUGGGUUUACAUCACUUCCCAAUUGAUAUUGAAAAUACUAUUGAAUCAUGUCAUUCUGACAUUUUCAAGAAUGGAUCAUGUGUGUUCAAAUGUUCUGAUUAUACUAUUGUUGUUUGUGAAUCGAAGCGGUCCCGCUUUUUUUCAUCCUUGGUGCCUUUAAUCGUCAAUACUAUCCUUUCGAAGCAUCAUAUCAUCGUGGAUAUAGUAGCAUUUAUCAAAAAGGGUGAGUUCCCAAUAUCAAGACUAGGAACAAAGCAAAGAGCAAGAAUUAUCGAUGCAUGGGUGCAGGGUGUGAUUCCAAUUUCAGCAUCUUACGGUGUAAAUUACGGUGAAAAUAGCAUGAUCAAGUUGGUAAAAGAAAUCGAUGUUGUGGCCAGGGAUCACCUUGUCACUGGUCUUAAGAACCCAGCUCUAUCUUAUUACGAUGCCGAUGUGGAUGAUGCAGAUGAUGCGUUCAGCAAAAAUGAGGGCCUAAUCUUAAAUGAGAUGGGCAGAGGUGAGGGGGCGGUGUUCUCGAUGAAUGAAGAGUAG